GGCGGCAACUUCCUGCAGGCACCCAGACGCACACGCGCUCCUGGCUGUGCGCUUCUCCUGCCACCGGCUUAGGGGGUGGAGAAAGGGGCUGGGCCCCGGAGGUCGCGCCCCCUUCCACUCCCCGCCCCCCAGCGCACAGCCCCAUCCUCCCAGGAGAAAGCGCGUAGGGGGUCGCGCUGGGGGAUCCGCGCCCGCCGUGCGCCCCGGAGGAGGAGCGCGCUGGAUGCUUGGAAGAGACCCGAAGGGACUGCAAUGUUAAGAUUUCACAGUCUGCUGCUGUUGUUUUCUCCCCGCCUCUGUCGUGGGUAGGAUUCCCCCAUCGUUAAACCCAACAUGAUCUCCUGGAUGGAGCAAAGAGACGAGCCGCGAGUCCCGAACGGGGACCUGGAGCGACGGCCAGAGGAAAGCGAAAGUGCGAGGGAUGCCCAAACAGAUGAGGGAACAACCAGUGAGAAUGAGGACUGGGAAGAGGAAGAAACCCCUGUUGCGGCGGAGGACCCCGACUCCGAGGAUUCCCCCGUGGUUUCUGCCCCGGUCCUGGGUUGGGAGGACGCCUGUGAAGUCCUGCAGGGUGGCGGCAGCAGCGGCGGGGAGGGGGUUGGCAGCACCAAGGCAAGAGGGGCCAAAUCCGCUCGAGGGAGGCGCCCCUGGGGUAGCCGCCCCUGUCGCCGCAGCUACCGCCGUGUGGCGGCCCCUCCCACCCGGUUCUUUGACUGCACGGACUGCGGGAAGAGCUUCACCCUGAGCUCUCACCUGAUCCGCCACCAGCGGGUGCACACGGGGGAGAGGCCGUUCGGGUGCCGGUCGUGCGCCAAAAGCUUCUCUCAGCGUUCGGACUUGGUGCGCCACGAGCGCACGCACACGGGCGUCAAGCUCUACCGUUGCACGCAGUGCGACAAAUCCUUCUCUGAGAGCUCCCACCUCAUCCGCCACCAGAUCAUCCACUCGGGUGAGAAGCCCUUCAAGUGCAAUGUCUGCGGCAAGCGCUACGGCGACAGCUCCUACCUCACCGUCCACCAGAGGGCACACACGGGGGCCCGCCCCUACCGCUGCGCCCGCUGCGGCAAGAGCUUUGGCCGCUCCUCCACGCUCAUCCGCCACCAGCGUGUGCACGGCGACCCGGCGCCCGCCCCGGGAGACAAACCGCGACCCCGUGGAAUCUGGACGGCCUUCGCUCGCCUGCCCAGCCCAAGCCCAAGCGACGGGGACUCGGAACAAACCCUGUCUCCUCAGAGGUCGCCAACAUUAGCCGGGCCUUCCCUCACUCCCUCCAUGUUGCCCCUGCCGCCUUUCCCUCGGAUCGACCCGCGCUCCAUGAGGAUUAUGGGGUGGCAGUGGGGCGUUGAAUAAAGGGCGGGCAUCUGGCCUGUACGAGACACAACAAUACUGGUGGCAACCGGUUUCUGGAAUGCGAGAUGAUUAAUGCAUGCGGCCACAGGAUUUGAUCACCAAGAGGACAUCGGUCCUUGGGAGGAGAGAGCGGGUGAUGGGGGGCUGGUUGCUCGGUCGCCAAGGUGACAGAAGAACUGGUGAUUUUACCACAAAACGUUUAUUGACCACCAGGCAAAGAGGUUGGCCGUGGGCUCUUUGCUGAGGGCAAUUCGUUGUUGGGGGAAGAAAUGGUUUGGGGGAGUGGGGUUCCCAACACGAAUACUUUGCUUUCCAGAGCCGAUCUCAUUCCUGGAAGGGUAUUCUAGGGCAAUGUAUCUGUUACCAGGGCAACGGAGCUGGGUGGUUUGGUUACCAUGGGCAAUCGGUUGCUACGGAAAGGUAAAUUGGAUGGUGAUUCAGGAAGUUACAAUUCAAGUUCUCAAACAAGCAGAAGGAAAGCAGAAUUGGUUCUCAAUGAAGUUGAUUAUUUUGUUCGCUUAUUCUGAUAAAGAAAGGCUGAGAUAAUGAGGAAUCCUGGGAUCAUGAGGAAUCCUGGGUUCUUAUCCAGAUAAUUUAAGACAGCGGAGAUCUUAGUAUAUCACUGGUUUUCAGAAGGGAAUGGUAAAGAUUGGCCGUGCCCUCGUUACAAGCGGUCAGUUUCCAUGAUAGCCUAAGAAUGAUGGUUGGGUCGAUGAUGAGUGGAAUCGGAGGCCAAGGGAUUCGGCUGAGGAAGGGCAGCCCACAAACAUGGCAGCUGGCAGAGGGAGAAGGCCCAACAGCUUCAGGGUUGGGUUAGCGAAAACACCAGCAUUUCUUUAUCGGGUAAACUGUGUGAGAUAAGGAACUUCUCAAGGGAAGGGAAGUCCAAUUUGAAAGAGGUACAGAUGAAUUUUGCGGAGUCCCGUUGAUCGCAGUUGGUUGCUAGGAAGUGAGGAGACGGGCAGCUUGGGUGUUUCUAGAACGUUUGGUUGCUAAGGAGCUCGGGACCAGCCACUUGGUUGCUAGGGCUUGUGGCUUGAAAGGGAGGAGAUUGUCAGAUUGGUUGCUAGGAGAUGGGAGGUAGCACAGGUGUGAGGAGAUGGGUGGUUUGGUUGCCAUCUUAGUCGUGUCUUCUGUGGUUGUUGUUUUCCUCCCCAUUUAGGCAUCCCAAAAACCAAAACUCAUGAAGGUGUCCUGAAGCCUUUUUUCAUUCAGCCCGACGUUUAUUUUCUGGUCAGCAGGUGGACUGGCCAGACCUUCAAGCCUUGGUUCUCCGUUCCACCUCCAGCUUCCUGCUGGGGGUCUUGGGAAAGGAGGAGGUUUGGAAGGCAAGGAGAUUUUUGGAUGGCAAAACGGACACUCUGGCCAGGAGACAAGGCGGCCAUCUUGGGGGAGGAGAUAGUUGAAAUGUAUACAUUGGGGCUGGACCCCAGGCUGGUGUUAAGUCAACUUUUCUUCACUGGUAAAUGUCCUGCCUGUUUCAGAGAAAGGUUUUGGGGGUUUUUUUUAAAAGGAAUUUCUCAGUACUGUAAGAUGACAAAUGUAUUUAUUGGUCUUUGCCCUCCCUGCUCCCCCAUAUUUGUGUCCUAGAUUUGUCUAAUUUAGACUCUUAAGCCUGUUAUAAGCAGGGGCCUUUUUAUUAAACAAAUGAUUAUAAUACGAUGGUGAUGUCUGCAAAAAGCUCAUGAGGGAACUCUGUGGUGAGUGGAAAGUAUUUCUUAUCAAAUAAUAAUAAUUACAAUAACAAUAAUAACGGUGAUGCUUUAAGAACCUCCUUGUGAGGGGACAAACCUGUGGCUCUGCAGAUACUGUUGGACUCCAACUGCCAUCAGCCCCAGCCAGCAUGCCUAGUGGUCAGGGAAGAUGGACGUUGGAGUCCACAAGACAUCUGGAGGGCCACAGGUAGCCCACCUCUGGCCUAGAGGUUGUUGGGCUUCAGCUGCCAUCGUCCCUGACCAUCUAGCAAAGUAAGCUGUUGUCUCCCAAGUUUCAUGCCACAAAUAAAACAGUUGAAGCGGCACGAUCCCUUAUCAAUUAUUUGUCCACACAUUCUGAGCCGCUGUUGAGCCAGGUUCCCAUUUUGCAGCUUACUUAACCUGAGGGUUAGUAUCCAGAACCUCAGGUGGAUGACAAUCUUUAAGAUUGGGGGGGGGGGACAACAACGACUUGUGGUCAUCCAGACCUCACUGGACUCCCAACUCCCAUCAUUCAUGACCAAUAGCCGAGACCACAUGUUCUCCAUCCCUCAUGCAAGAGGUUUAGCAGAAAUCAAAACGGACGAGGUACAAGAGUACUUGAACUCUGUCAAUAACUGUAGGCCGUGGCCUACGGGAGUGGCAGAAGUAUGGGAGAAAGGAGAGCUCUUUGUUAUCCACGGGAAUGAACGUUUCAGAACAGACUUCCGUCCGAAUGCAAGCUAGGAAUGUCCCCCUCAAUUUCGCCAAGUGAGGGGCAACCAAACCGGCAUGUUGCAGCAUGGACACAAGGUGGCAACACUGAGCCAUCAAGAAUGCGUAAGGAGGGUUUGCUGCCAAAAACACAAUCUAUGAAAGUUCCACCCCUUCUGGAAAACUGUAAAUAGUAAGGUUAAAGAGGGGGAGAUCUACUUAAAGAUGAAACUUCAGUGGGUAUUAUAUAUUCUGCCACCCCAAUCUCCACAGCAGUGCUGAGAUUCCGAGGCUUCCUGACACUUACACCAGUGUUUCCAUUGGAAACAAGGCACAGUGGUUUAUUUGUGAUAUAUGGCUUAUUUACACACACACACACACACACACACACACACACACACACACACACACGACCUAUAUCUAUAAUCUGAGCCUGGGAGUCGGAGCAUUCCCACCCCAAAAGGGUCUUGCCUUUCCCAUAGCCACAGCCGAAAAUUCAAACAGAAAUCAAACAUGCUUUGAAACAUGGCUCUGACCCUCCUUCCAGCUUGCUGCUUUUUCUAGACUGCAACAUCAUUGCAAAAACUCCAUCCUAAAACUCUCCUUUUGUCUUUCUAACUAACUGACCAUUGGGGGGGGGGUGCUACGGUACACGUUCGCCCUGUGGCAAAGAGCUUUGUCCCAGCUAAUGACUCCUAUUUAGUACUCCAUCACCAGGCUGGCUCCUGACUUGUAUUUUAACAUGCUAAAUUAAAUGUCUGGCACCCAGGAAGUAGAAGUGGAGUCGUAGAAGUGGAGUCCAGGCACCCCAAAAACUUCAGCUGGUGUAGAAUUCAGUGGCCAAGUUGCUCACUGGGGCAAGAUGGUCUGAGCAUAUUACACUGAUCCUGGUCCGAUUGCACUGGCUGCCAGUCAGUUUCCAGGCCCAAUUCAAAGGGCUGGUUUUGACUUUAAAGGUAAAGGUAAAGGGACCCCUGACCAUUAGGUCCAGUCAUGACCGACUCUGGGGUCGCGGUGCUCAUCUCGCAUUAUUGGCCAAGGGAGCCAGCGUACAGCUUCCAGGUCAUGUGGCCAGCAUGACAAAGCCGCUUCUGGCGAACCAGAGCAGCGCACGGAAACGCCAUUUACCUUCCCGCCAGUGCGGUACCUAUUUAUCUACUUGCACUUUGAGGUGCUUUCGAACUGCUAGGUUGACAGGAGCUGGGAGCGAGUAACGGGAGCUUACCCCAUCGUGGGGAUUCGAACCGCCGACCUUCUGAUCGGCAAGCCCUAGGCUCUGUGGUUUAACCCACAGCGCCACCCGCGUCCCAGGGCUUUUGACUUACAAAGCCCCAAAUGGCCCAGGACUACAAUAACUCAAGAACCACCUCUCCCCAUAUAAACUGUCUAGGAUUCCACAUACAUCCUUUGAGGCCCUUCCUCAUGUCUCUUCUACGUGAGGUCCGGAGGGUGGCAGCAUGAGAACGGGGCCUUCUCUGUAGUGGCUUCCCGUCCAUGGAAUGCUCUCCACAGAGAGAUUCAUCUGGCGCCUUCAUUAUACAGUCAUACCUCGGGUUAAGUACGCUUCAGGUUGAGUACUUUCAAGUUAAGUACUUUCAAUGGGAAAGUUCGCUUCAGAUUAAGUACGCUUCAGGUUAAGUACGGACUUCCGGAACCAAUUACUGUACAACUUUUAAGCGCCAUGCAAAAGAAUGUUCCUCUUUAACCAAGCCUUGGGCUGAUUAAUAUUCUAUGGUCUUUUAAAUGU